AUGCUGCCUACGGACAUGAGAGCCGUGUCGUUGCGUAUUGGAUUAAUUGUGGCGCUGAGUUCUUUCCUUGUGCCGAGCGGAGCUUUCCGGCCGGGCAACGAAACCGGUCUGACUCGGAAAGAUCACUCUCUGAAAAUACCUUCAGGCCACAAUUCAAUGCGAUUCCGCGGCUCGCUGAGGGGCUCUCUCUUUUUCGAUUUGAACUUCCUGGAGAACGAUAAGAUCCUGUACAACAUCCGAGCUUUCCCGUGGGGAGACGUCGAUUACGAAGGGAAGGAGAUAAUCGACAUGUGGUCCAGCAAUGAAACUCAUCUGGCUGAAGAAGCUGUCACGAGGCAGAAUGCAGGACCAGCGCUGCCGAAUUUGCCGAUCAGAAGCGACCAAGAGAGAAUGGACUUUAAGAUACAAUUCGUUAAGAACUUCUACGGUGAAGAUCGCGAGGUGCUGAUGUUCAUUGGGAAAUCGCUUCAUUGGAGGGAAACACUCCCGCGCAAAUUCAACUUCGACAAAUUGGUCCUUUCUGAAGCGGUCGAAGAAACCGCACCGGCAUCCAAGCUCAAGGCGACUUCCUUCAACGAAGUACACACCCAUCCGGAGAGCGCGACCAGACCCAACCUACUUCCAUUCGGCCCUCCCUUGUCCAAGUAUCAGAAGCGCGAUGCUAUUUGGGGGAUGACGCCGCUGCAAGUCGCACCGACAGACCGGUAUCAAUUCCAGAUCAAGGGAGAAGUAUCGGUGAAAAAAUUACCAUCCCCGCUGGAGAUAGAGGCCACGUUCCUGACAAACUACAGCUCUUUCCGAGUCUUGUUCGACGAGCCUUAUCUGGCGAAGCUCCAAUUGGGCGUCAUAAAUGGCACGAAAGCAUUCUUAGGACUGCUCCACCGAGAGAUCCGAGGCGGUCCCGAGCUUUUGGCUGCUGUGGAUGAAAAAGAUUUGCCCGAAAGCGUCUCAGAUCAUAGCUUCCAGCUCACUUUGCAGCGAGAUCUCGACAAGGUCGCGGCUUUUGUCGACAUCAACGGCGUUCGACUCGAGGCAGCAAUGCUGGUUCGGAACUCUUUGAUGAUCCUGCCUUCGCAUCUAUUGACGAUCGUGAUAGGCAAACCCGAGGAGCAUUGGCUGACAGUGACCGAUGUCAAUGAAAAAUACGUGUAGGGUCGGCGGAAAAUGUGAGCCGUCAUUGAUGGUCGAACCGCGAGCGACAUCGUAGCAAGUAGAUUUUGUAGACUGUGAUAAAACGCGUCGGCAGCCUAUCGUCAACACCAACGGAGGCAGCGACAGGUGCAAUGUGUAUGUAUUCAAACGAGUUGGUACGGGGCUAACAGAUUCGAUCGAUGUUUCCAUCGUCGUCGGUUGGAAAUUUA